AUGUUUCCGAAUGCAGGAGAAACUGAACCAACUCGUACUCCCCUUCCAAUCGCAGCUCCUGUUUCCAACUGGAGCGUGGCUCUAUACCGAAAAGCUGAGCCUAUUGUACCAUUAAAUCCUACAGAUAUCUCACAAGGACCUGCUCCUCAACAAGUUUACGGUUCAUUCUAUGUUCAACUUCAGCAACAAGCUUGUGCUACUUCGCCAAGUCGAUCAGAUGUUCUCUAUUUUCGAUAUCGGCCGCAGCAACAAAGGAAUAAUGCCGAUUCUUACGUACUACCGUUUACUAUCACUCAAUUAUCUGAUAUGAAACUGUCAGCGGAGAGUGCGCCACUAACGUCAACCACAACAGCUUCUACAAGAGCUAAUAAUCUUGAGCAACAGUCGAGUGCGAACGACGCGUCAGAGAAUCCACCAACGCUGCUUCUUCGUGCAAAAGCUUUUCUUGGUGUACUGGUAUUGAACAGUUCAGCGAACAGUGUUACUGCAAAUACUGCUGGAAUCACUCGACCUUUCUUGAUCUUCGCUACCGAAGAAGUAUUUAUUGGACAAUUAUUCGACGCAUAUAUUUUUCGUAUUUCACAAAUAGCUACCAUUUCUUUAAGAGAUAAUCCUGAAGAUGAAGUAUUUGUUUCGGGCAUCAAGAAACUUUUUCAAGGACGUUGUUUUUACUAUGCGGUUUAUAGCAAACCACAGUUGGACACCGCGAAAUCAUUUUUUAAAAAACCAUAUGAUAUCACAUUAUGCGCUCAGCGGAUGGUUCAAGGACAUGAUUCCGAUAUUCGAUUUUUCUGGAAUCGCGGUUUGUGCUUACCAUUGCUUAAGUUUAAUAUCGAUAUUCGCUAUUGGAUACCGAAAAUUAUGUGCGGAGGUAUUGAAACAUAUCGAAAUCCAGGUGAGGAUAUCGAAUUAUGGCUGAUAUCACGAUUGAGUUGCGAACGAGCAGGAACACGUUUUAAUGUUCGUGGAGUCAAUGACGAUGGCGCCGUUGCAAAUUUUGUGGAAACAGAGCAGAUUGUUUUUCUUCCUGGACAAAGUAAUUAUUCAUCGUUUGUGAUUGUUCGUGGCUCAAUUCCACUUUUUUGGCAUCAACCACGCUUUCAAGUUGGCGCACAUCGUAUCACAAUCUCACGCAGUGAAGCAUUGAGUUUCAAAUCAUUUUUCGAGCAUUUCAAGCACCUCUAUCGCCAUCACGGCCGUGUUUUAAUCAUAAAUUUAAUUGAACAGCGCGAUGAUGAGAAGCGUGUUGGCGAAGAAUACCGAAAUCUCUUCGAACUCUUAGUUAAAACAUAUCAAUCGAAACAGAAGAAAGCGAAAGUGUCACUUGGUUAUCUCACCGAGAAAGACUUCGUCUGGUUCGACUAUCACGAGCAUGCUCGUCAGUUGAAAGGCUUAACACCUGAGCAAAUCAUUGAUCGAAUGUUAAUACAAAAUACUCAACACUCAAUUCGGUCUGAACUUCAACGACAAAGCAUAUUCACAUAUGUUGAUGGAGCAACAAAAAGUCUUCAACAAGGAGUUUUUCGUAUCAAUUGUAUCGAUUGCUUGGAUCGUACAAACAACGUGCAAUUAACGUUGGGCAUGGUCAUUUGUACCAUGCAAAUAGAAAGUUUACAGAAAAAAGUCGAUGUUAAUAAUCUAGUCAAUCAUUUAAAAGAAAUGUGGAUUAAUAACGGUGAUCACAUUAGUCGAAUUUAUACCGGAACUGGAGCCAUUGGACAAAGGAGUAAAGCCAAAGAUAUUCAACGUAGUUUCGGUCGAGCUAUACAAAACAGUUUACGCGAUGAUGAAAAACAACAGUCAAUUCAAACGCUGAUCUAUUCUUAUGCUAAAGAUUCAUAUUUACACGAACGCUCGGUUGCUGCUCUUGCAACUCCAUAUGUUAUUGCUGACGGGAUUAUUCUUAGUGAAAUGUUUCGCAUUCGAGAACGAUACACCAGAAAAGAGAAGAUUCGUAUUUCAUUGGGUACGUGGAAUAUCAAUGGAGAUAAAAAUCCCGCCCUAGACGAUGAAUAUCCAUCAAUUUUGGAUGCAUGGAUAUUAAAUGGGCCGGAUAAUUUAUCUGCAAAGGACCAAAACAUGACAAAUGGUGAUGUCAUUCAAACUAUUGGCUAUGCUAGUCCUGACUACAAGAAGACGAUGCCAGAUAUCUUAGCGAUCGGUUUUCAGGAAAUUUGCGAUUUAACGGCAUCAAAUAUGGUUUGGCAAAGUUCUGUUAACGCUACUCGUUGGGUUGAUAACGUCGAAGCUCAUUUCAAAAAAUCCUAUCCAAAUGAUGAGUAUAUCCUGUUGGGCAACGAUCAACUUGUUGGAGUAUGUUUAGCAAUUUUUAUUCGACGUGACCUGGCGCCAUUCGUCAAAAAUAUCGCGGUGGAUUCAGUUAAAACCGGAAUGGGCGGGAAAAUAGGGAACAAAGGAUGCGUUGCGAUUCGUCUUGUGCUGUACAAUACAUCGAUUUGUUUUGUAUGUGCGCAUUUUACUGCUGGACAAAGUCAAGUCACGGAGCGCAAUUCCGAUUAUAAAUCUAUUAUGGAGAAACUAUCGUUUCAACCACCUUCACGAGCUGUUUGGCACGAUCAUAUAUUUUUCCUGGGUGAUUUCAAUUAUCGCUUAACAAUUCCACGUGCACAAGUCGAACUCUUGAUGAAAAACAAUUCAUAUGAGCAAUUGCUCGAAUACGAUCAGUUGAAAAAAGAACAUGCAGAAGAACGAGUUUUCCGAGAGUUUGUAGAAGGUCCAAUUAACUUUCCUCCAACAUACAAAUAUGAUAUUGGAUCUGAUAAUUAUGAUACAAGCGAAAAAGCGCGUACACCAUCGUACACGGAUCGUAUUCUUUGGCGAAGUAUCUUUCCAAAUGUUCAAACAAAACAGUUAUAUUACGGUCGUGCCGAAGUUAAAACAUCGGACCAUCGUCCUGUCAGUGCAAUAUUCGACGUCGAAGUUGAGAUAUGUGAUGAGGCUAAAAUGUAUCAAGAGUUCGUCAAUGUCUACGAACGACUCAAACCAUCAAAUGCACAGCUGAUGUAUCAUUUGAAAAGUGAAACAAAUCUGCGAAGAAUUCAAUUGGUCGAAGAGUUUGACAUGUAUGUUAGAAGAAAGUACGGAUUGGAUGUAACCAUCGUCGAUCGAUUUUUUACAACACAUCAUAAACAAGUUCUAUUGAAUAUGUUUUUUGAAAAUGGCGAACAAGCACGUCAAGUUUUAGAACCGAAAACUGAUCAACUUUCAAACGGCUUGACUUUCAGUAAACAUUUAGUGACUUUGAAUGAAGAGUUUGCUUUGAAUCAGAAAAUCAACCUUCUUUUCUCUGAUGUCAACGAAACAAUGUACCCCGAAUCAACUGCUUACGAGCUCGGUUCAUACCAACAACCAUCGCGUGAUGCACUUUCAACCUUGCAAGAUGUGACCGUAGCUGGAGUUGCGCGCACUGUGUCUGAUUUGAUGAAAUCAAUCGCUGUGGAUCAUGCAUCUUCGAUGUCAACGAUAAAGAAAAAAUAUGGCCGCGUAUCAAUAAUUAGUUUCGAUCCCUCUAAAUUUGCUGGGAUUGCCGACGGAGGUGAAUCAAUCAGUACUACAACAGCAACAAAAGAUGAACAACGAGAACCUGAACAUGACAUACAAGCAUUGGAGGCUAUUCGAGAUGCUCAACGCGCUUACGAACAACGGCGGCGCACGUAUGGCGACAUUUUUGAAAACGUGUCAGAUUCGGAUUCUGACGAAAUCAAAGAUCACGAUGAGAAAAAAGAUUCGAAAUCAUCACAUAGUGAUAGCGAUGCACCAACAUCAACGGAUUCGGAUUCACCAUAUGGUUCCGACUCCGAAUCCAGUUCAUCCUAUGAUGAAUACUAUGCUAAAAGGCAAAUACCUAAGAAAAAAGUCCAUCGACACUAUAAAGGUCCAUUGAAAUCGUAUAUCGAGGAACGGAUUGGUAAUUGGCCGAAAUAUCGCUACAAGAAAUACAAACGGCACAACAUGAAAAAGCAGGGUAUACAAAUUAAUUAUGGUAACAUUCAUACGAAAGAAAUCAAGCACUCGUUGAAAGAAGAAAAACACGAGAGAAAAAAAGAAGACAGUCGUCCAGUAACAGUGACGAACAUGAUGGAAGACGUGGUGAAGCAAACGCCUUUUCUUUCUCUGGAUCCAACACACCCAAUCGUACCGACAGACCUAAACAAGAACUUGGCUCUAUCUCGAAAUUCGUCAGAAAAUGAUGCAGAUCACACAAAACCAACGUCAACGUUUGAAAAAAUGAAACAAAAAAUCAAGAAAUCAUUCAAACGAAAACAUAAAGUGUCUGCUCAACAUGCCACGGAUGACGAAGAACAAAUGGCAGCAAACAGCGAAGCUGCUAGUUAUACUAGCGCCGUUGCUGAUGAAGAAUCGAUUUUAGCCGGCGCAGCGGACACCGAUGAAAAUCAACGGGAAUACAAUGUUGGCGAACUGAUUUCAUUUGCAUCAUUUGAUUAUCCGACUGAGCCGAGUUGUCAAGGUCAAACGGCGAAUAUAUCGUCAAAUAACGAUUGUUUUGAUCCGUUUAAUCUCUAUGGGACAUCGUCAACGGCUAACAAUGCGGAAAUGAAUAACAAUGAGAAUUGGGCUGAUUUUGACCAUUAUUCAACGGCUACAAGUUCCUCAUUCCAUGUUGAUCCAUUUGCAUCGACUUCACAACCGAUACGAGAUACACAUUCGCCCUUGAACAUGUUCUCAUCAACGUUUGCAAAUAACAAUCUCUUCGCUCAGACACAACCUCAGCUAAUUCCUGCUCGGGUGCCUUUGCCAACGCCUUCUGCUAUUUCGGCAUUGCAAAACUUGAAUUUAAAUCCAGCAGCGAAGAAAACAGAUUUACUUACCGAUCUGCUAGAUUUUACUGUACCACCUCCACCGGAAAGUCCCAAAUUCGAUCCAUACGCUUAA